CGGUUUCGUCGCCCUGCGCUGGUUCACAGGGUGUGUGCAGCGGCGACACCUUUGUGGGCUGCGGGGCGUUCGUGGCCCCUUCUAGAAACCUCUCGUCAGCCGAGCUGGCGCGCGUGCUGCUGGGUAACGGGCCUGCUCGGGCGGCCCCGGGCCGCUCCUGCUCGGCUCGCCCGUGACCUCCCUGGCCCCCCGACGACAGGCCUGCGGGAGCCGCGGCCGAAGACAUGGGACUCCCUCGGUACACCUGCGGCGGCCACCUUGACGAGGGGAGCGGCGGUGUCUUCGAGGAAACCGGAAGCCCGUGGUGACCCCUGGCGACCCGGUUUGUUUUCAGUCGGUUUCCAAACACUGGGGAAGCGAAACCCGGUGGCCUUGGGGGCGGCCCUACGUAGCCAGGGUUCAGGCUGCCAUGGACACACUAGUAGAAGAUGACAUCUGCAUUCUGGACCAUGAGAAAGCCCACAGAAGAGAGACGGUGACUCCACUCUCAGGGUACUCAGGAGAUGAGUCUGUUGCUUCACAUUUUGCUCUUGUCACCGCAUAUGAAGACAUCAAGAAGAGACUUAAAGAUUCAGAGAAAGAAAACUCUUUCUUAAAGAAAAGAAUAAGGGCUUUGGAAGAAAAGCUUGCCGGAGCUCGAGCAGAUGAAGAAACAAGUUCUGUGGGACGAGAACAAGUGAAUAAGGCCUAUCAUGCAUAUCGAGAGGUUUGCAUCGAGAGAGACAGCUUGAAGAACAAAUUGGAGAAAAUAAAUAAAGACAACACUGAAUCUUUGAAAGUAUUGAAUGAACAGCUACAGUCUAAAGAAGUAGAGCUUCUGCAGCUAAGAACAGAGGUGGAAACUCAGCAGGUGAUGAGGAAUUUAAAUCCACCCUCAUCUAACUGGGAGGUAGAAAAGUUAAGCUGUGACUUGAAGAUCCAUGGUUUGGAACAAGAGCUGGAGCUCAUGAGGAAGGAAUGCAACGAUCUCAAAGUAGAGCUGCAGAAAGCCAAACAGAUGGGUCCAUCUCAGGAAGACAUUCUGCGGGACAGAGAUCUCAUCAGAGCAAGCUUGUCGAGGGAGGAGCACACUCAACACCAGGGCCUUCUCCACAGUGAUAACAUGCAGCACGCAUACUGGGAGCUGAAGAGGGAGAUGUCUAACCUACACCUGGUGACGCAGGUGCAAGCAGAACUUCUCAGGAAACUGAAGACCUCAGCUGCAGUCAAGAAAGCCUGCACCCCAGCAGGAUGUGUUGAAGACCUUGGGAGAGACAGCACGAAAUUGCACUUGACAAAUUUUACUGCAACAUACAAAAGACAUCCCCCUUUGUCACCAAAUGGCAAAGCUGCUUGUUAUGCUUCAUGUCCUUUACCAGGAGAUAUAAAGGUUUUAUCAGAGAAAGCAUUUCUUCAGUCGUGGACAGAUAACGAGAGACGGAUCCCUAAUGAUGGUACAGACUUUGAGGAGCACAGCUCCUAUGGCAGAAAUUCUCUGGAAGAUAAUUCUUGGGUAUUCCCAAGCCCUCCUAAAUCAAGUGAGACAGCAUUUGGCGAAAAUAAAAACAAAACCUUACCUUUACCCAACUUGCCACCCCUGCAUUACUUGGAUCAACAUAAUCAGAACUGUAUUUACAAAAGUUAAUUUGAUGGGACUCUUGAUUUGAACAGGAGGACGCCAACUCCCACUGGUUUACCAAGAGGUUAUUUAGACUGGAAGUGGACUUUGAAUAAAACCUUGCAGUUCUCCAAUAUGUACAUUUGUACAUUCUGUACAACAUUAUAUAUAGUGGAUUUCCAGUAUGAAAACUUCCAGUUGUACCUUUAAUAACACUUAAAAGGUUUUGCUUCUUGGAUUAAGAAUGGAAAUGGAAAUUCUAGACAUGGUUUCAUAAAGUAUGUGACCUGCCUAAAUACCUACUCAUUAAAUAAAAAGCAGCCUUUAAUAUAAAAAAAAACCCAUGUCUGCUGCUUCAGAUUGUAUCGAGAAGCAAAUGGCAGUGUGAAUAGGUUGUGUUCCUUUGACUUCCUGAUGCAUAAGAAUUUGAAAUAUAAUAGAAUAAAAGUAGGUUAAACCUAUGCUAUUGUGUUUCAAGUUUUAAGAUUUAGAAUCAUUUUUAAGUAAAAUGUGUAUACAAUUUUAAAAUGCAAUUUGAAUUCUAAGACUUGAACUAAUGACCAUUGAGGCCAACUUUUCCCCACUAUAUUCAAAUCCUAAGUGUUAAAAAUGAUAAGGUGUGUGAGUAAACUAUAUAACCCUACACAACAUGCAGUCAGAAGUGGAAAGAGCAGCAUCUUUAGUGGCCUCUUGUGUGUCAUGGUCAUUUUUGGCAGGACAGCUGUUUGUCUUACACAGAGCAGCUUUGAUACUGUGGUAUGAUAUCUGAGAAAGUGAUUUUUAUUUAACUGCAUCUAGAACUAAAUUUUGUGCUGUCUAAUUACAAAAUAUAUCCAAAUUCAUUCUAAUUGGCAAGUCACCUGUGAGUAACUAAGGACAUAACAAAGAUGGUUUCAUGUGGAAAUUCAUCUAAAUUCCUUCAGGGUUGAAGCAUUAAGAGUAUUAGUAAUCAUGUAUUACCUGUUUGAUGUAAGACUUCCUAAAUGGCAUUUCAUAUAUCCUGAAUUUAAAGGAUUUAAAGGAUUUCAGAUCUUGUAUAGUAAUACAAGACAGACAAUAAUAAAGCAGAGACAUUGCUCAUGUGGCUGUGGAGCUAUCCAUCAUCUGUCUUGUGUCUAAUAUAGCUUACUGGUUUGCCUUUUUUUAAACCAAGAUUAGAAGUUUUCCUUUGUAAACAGAGGCUUAUAAUGUUUUGAACAAUGCCAAGAAAUUGUUUUAAUUAAAAUUAUUUUUGUUUUUAAAAUGGA